AUGUGCCAAAACCAGAACUUAGUAUUGGUAUUGACGGUAUUGGUAUUGAUCGAUAUUGAAGUAUUGAGGGGUACUGGUAUUGAUGGUUUUGGUGUUGAUAGUAUUGGCAGUAUUGGUGGUAUUGAUAUUGUGACCACAUCGAUACCUCAACCAGAUUCAGAUUGCUCCGACGAAGAAGACCUCGCUGAUGAUGAUCGACUCUGUCGUGCUUCUCUGGCAAAUCAGUACUCAGCAAGACAUGACGAUGGUUCUGAACAGUCAGUAGAGGGUGAUGAUAACGAAAUGUCAAAGCAUUCCUAUUUCGAUCCCCUGGGUUAUGGUGUUCUGAAUUGGUUGGACAGGAGACUAAUCGAGCGUGAACUGCAAGAGUUACACGAACAAACAAACAAUGCUGUGGCCGACACAAUGGAAGAUGAAACGAUCGGUUCAUCACUAGCCACGGCCGAUCGAACAGCGAUGAAGUCGAAAGAGUCAUGUAUGGCCAAAUUCUUGAAUUCAAUCGAGAGGAACUCCCUGAAACCACCUAUAUCUACAUCAAGAAUGUCAUUUGAUGCGCCUAAAAAUGCAAUCUACAUAAUAUCAGGCGAAAUUCAAGCAUUAACAUCAUCGAAAAAGUAUAAUUCUCGCUGGUCAAAUACACAUUCGUAUGAAGAAGCACCAGAAGUCAAUUCAUUUCAAAAAUUAAAAACAAUAAUCAAUUCUGUUUCAGAUCUUCAAGAUAUCGAUUCAAAUACAUUUUUAGCACCAUUUCUUGAUGUAAUUCGAUCAGAUGAAACAUCGGGACCAAUAACAUGUUUAGCUUUAAAUGCUGUUAAUAAAUUUUUAUCCUAUGGACUUAUUGAUAUUCAAAGUGAAUCAGCUGCAUCCGCCAUAGAUAAAGUAGCGAAUGCUGUUACUCAUACGCGAUUUGUUGGCACAAAUCCAAGUGAUGAUGAAGUUGUACUCAUGAGAAUAUUACAAGUAUUACGAUCAUUACUGUUAAGUCCCGUUGGCUCAAAAAUGACAAAUGAUUCUGUAUGUGAGAUAUUACAAUCCUGUUUUAGAAUAUGCUUUGAAACAAGACUAUCGGAAUUGCUUCGUAAAACAUCUGAGCAUGUAUUGAUUGAUAUGGUUCAAUUAUUAUUUGCUCGUUUACCACAAUUCAAAGAUGAUGUCACACAAACAACACUGACAAAAAAAUUGCAUACUCGUGGUGUGGUUUCUGAAUUAAACUCUCGGACUAGUCGUCGAUCAUCACAACGUACAGCAUCCUCUUCUUCCACUUCAAGUAAACAAAUAAAAACAAAUUCUAUUAACAGUAACAGUGACAUAACACAAUCUCAGAACGUUUUCUCGACAUCUUCGACAGAACGCCCAGUCGACAGUUUAAAGUCAGAUUUAACAGUGACUGAUAAUAAUUCUGAUAAACAGCAACAAGUGACAUUAACAAUAUCAGAAAAUAAUAUCUAUGACCCAGCAUCUUCUUCAUCUCAGUUAUUGACCGAAUCAUCCUAUGUUAAAAUUGAUGAUAAUGAAUCUUUGAUAGCCAAUAAACCAACGGCAAUUGAUGAAGCCACAACAUCGUUAGAAACAAAUCCACUAGUUAAUGACGCCACUUUAACAGACGGCGACAAUAAUAAUGAAACAACAGAAUCAACAAUUCUCACAAUAAAACCAUCAUUUGAUGAGUCAACAUCUUCCGUACAAACAAUAACUUCUUCAUCAAAUACAGCGGAACCAACAGUUGCAAAUGAUAAAACAGAUAAAGAAUCUUCACAACAACCACAAGAAAAAUACGACGAAAAUUCGACGAAUGACUGUGAAUACAUAAAUCCAAGAGGAAUUCGAUUUACAGCAGCUACAAAUACAAAAGAGCCAUUAACGCCGUAUGGGUGGCCAUGUGUGCGUGGAUUAUUGCGAUUUUUAGCAACUUUAAUCAACAGUUAUGAUAAAAAUAAUACUGAAUACAUGAUGACAGUUGGUUUAAAUUUGUUAACAGUGGCUUUAGAAGCUGGAGCAGAUUAUAUUGCAAACUACCCACUGUUAUUAUCUGUUGUUAAAGAUUUAUUAUGUAAAAAUUUAAUCGGGAUAUUAAGCAAUGGUCGUCUCCCAUUAUUUACAUCAUCAUUACGUGUAUCUUUCUUAAUAUUUGAAAGUUUAAGAACUCAUUUGAAAUAUCAGUUAGAAUUUUUUAUCACACGUUUGAUGGAAUUAAUUGCUAGUGAACAAUCUAAGAUAACUGUUGAACAAAAAGAAGUUGCUUUAGAAACGAUUGUACAAUUAUUACAAAUACCUGGACUACCAGCUGAAUUGUAUCUCAAUUAUGAUUGCGAUCUUUAUUGCACAAAUUUAUUUGAAGAAUUAACAAAAAUGUUAUCAAAAAAUGCAUUUCCAGUUGCCGGUUUAACAUCAACUCAUAUUCUAUCGUUGGAUGCUCUAUUGUCCGUUAUAGACCAUAUCGAAUUAGAAUGUCAAUCUCAACUUCAAAAACAAAAAAAUGAUUGUAUGAUUAUAAUCCUGCUUAAUGAAUAUAAAGUGUAUAUUUUUCAUGUUUUAGCUGCUGGUCAAAAUUUAACACGUCCCGUACCAUCUGGAUAUGCAUUAGCAUUAUCCAUGCAAAAUAUUGACACAAAUAGAGCUAUUACUCCGCGUGAAUCUCGUCAUGGUCCUCGUAUUCGUCAAAAUCGUAUGCAGAUCUCUACAAAUUUGCCAACACAAGAUGAUUUAAAAAAGUUAAAAUGUGAUAAAAAGUUAUUACGUCAAGGUAGUGAAUUAUUCAACUCAAAUGCUUUGAGUGGUAUUGCAUUCUUACAAGAAUGUCGUCUAUUAUCGGAUCCACUUCGUACACAAGAAAUAAUUAAAUUUCUAAAAAAUAAUCCACUAUUAGAUAAGAAAAUUAUUGGCGAAUAUUUAUCAAAUAAAAAACAGGCACAUUUAUUAGAAGAUUAUGUCAAAACAUUUAAUUUUGAUGAUUUGAGAAUUGACGAAGCAUUAAGAAUAUAUUUAUCUGAAUUUCGAUUACCGGGUGAAGCACCUUUAAUAUCAAAUCUAUUAGAAAAUUUUGCAAAACAUUGGAGAGAGAGUAAUAAUUUUCAAUUUGCAAAUGAUGAUGCAGCAUUUACUUUGGCCUAUGCAUGUAUCAUGUUAAAUGUUGAUCAACAUAAUACAAAUGUUCGAAGACAAAGUACACCAAUGACAUUAGAUGAAUUUAAACGAAAUUUAUCUAAAAUGAAUAAUAAAGAUAAUUUUGAUGACAAAAUGUUAACUGAUAUUUAUAAUGCAAUCAAAAGUGAAGAAAUUAUAAUGCCAGCUGAACAUGUUGGCAUUCUAAAAGAUCAUUAUAUGUGGAAAAUGAUGUUAAAACGAAGUCAAAAUCAAUCGAUAACAGAUAAAUUUAUUCAUUCUCCUGCUGGCUCUUAUAACUAUGAUAUAUUCACAAUUAUAUGGGGACAGACAAUGGCUGCACUAUCAUUUGUAUUUGAAAAAUCACAUUAUGAAUUAGUGAUCAAUAAAGCUAUGCAAGGUUUUAAUAAAUGUGCUCGAAUUGCAGCUCACUAUUUAAUGAGUGAUGUCUUCGAUAAUUUAGUUAUUUCAUUAUGCAAAUUUACAACGCUAUUAAACAAUAGAGAGUGGGUUGAAAAUCUUCCAAGUCAAUUUGGUUUAAAUCGUAAAGCUCGAUUAGCAGCCACUGUUGUGUUCAGUAUCGCUCAUGUUCACGGCGAUAUUUUAAGAGAUGGAUGGAAAAAUUUAUUAGAAUGUAUUAUACAUCUUUAUAAAGCAAAUCUACUACCCAGUGUCCUUGUUGAAGUUGAGGAUUUUCUUGAUCCAAGCGGAAGAACAACAUUAAUUAAAGAACAAGUAACACAGACACCAAAGACAGAUAUUGGUUUAUUUAGCUCCUUAGCCUUUUUGUUAGGUGGAAAUGACAGUCAAAUAUCAUCACAAAAGCAACCCUCGGUUGAAGAACAAGAAGCAAUAAAAGUUGCUCAGUCCUGCAUCGAAGAAUGUCAUCUUGAACAAUUGUUACAAGAAACAAAAUUUUUAAUCAUUGAUUCGUUGAAUGAACUUAUUAAGGCACUGAUCUACGGCUGUCAAGGACCAGAACAAUUGGCUGGAUCAGAUAUUAAAUUUGAUCAAGAUUCAGCCGUAUUUUGUUUGGAAUUAUUAGUUAAAGUUGUAUUACAAAAUAGAGAUCGUGUUACUUUAAUUUGGUCAACUGUGCGUCAUCAGUUCUAUUCGAUAUUAGUGAAUGCUAACCAAAAGUCAUUUUUUAUCGAAAGAACAUGUGUCGGACUAUUGAGAAUAGCUGCGAGACUAUUAAGAAGAGAAGAAUUAGCAUCAGAAGUUUUGGCUUCGUUACGCAUGUUUUUGCUUAUGAAACUACCCGUCAUUCAUCACCUGUCAUCUGAAAUUGCCUUUGGUUUGCAUGAACUGUUGAGAACAAAUGCGGCUAAUAUUCACAAAAGUGAUGAUUGGUUUACUCUAUUCUCUUUGCUGGAAGUAGUGGGAGCUGGAGCACAUCCACCACCUGUACUACAGGCAACAAUAACAACGACACCCCAAACACCUACAAAAACUUUUCAUCAUCAUACACUAUUACAUGGAAGCAAAUCAACGACAGAAAACGAUGUGCAAUCCGACAGUGAAUGUUGUCAGAAUUUCGAUUGUCAAUUAUCAUCAUCAGCAAAAGAUAAGGGCUAUACAUCGGAUACAGAACUCUAUCAUCAGUCUACUUAUCAACGAAAGAUGUCUGGAGGAAUUGAUGAUCCCACUGCCAAAACAGAUUAUAUUGUGGUAUCACAUGAUGAUUUAGAGAUCAUUCGUACUCAUCAAUCAAAAAUAAAUCAAUAUAAAAUCGAUUUAAAUGAGAAACUAAGUCGACAUGAUCGCCGUGCACUUAUUAAAUGCUGUGAAACUUUGACAUUUCUUGUUCGAGAUACAGCCCAUGUAACUCCAGAAAAUUUUGAAUACUGUAUUCAUUGUAUUCGAACAUUUAUUGAAGCAACAGUUAGCUCAAAUCAAAUUCAACAACAACAAAAAAAAUUACAACAACAGCCUCCUCUUAGGACAACACAACGACAAAAGAAACGUCAAGCAACAAUCGAUCAACUUUCAAGUUCAUCAUCUUCUUCGUCACUUUCGACUUCUCAAACUUCUCAGCAACAAUUUCAACCUACAACAAAAAUUCGUCAAUCAACUCUUGAUUAUGACGAGGACGAUGAUGAUGAAGCGAUAAAACAAGAAUAUCAGUCACUGAGUUUACAACUAUUAGAUCUAAUGCAUACACUUCACACGCGUGCAUCAUCCAUUUAUAAGUCUUACUCAGAAGAUAAAGAAAAAAUGACACAACAACGUUUAGAUCAAACAACAAAUUCAUCCAUACUUUGGUUCAAAUGCUGGUGUCCAAUACUACAAGGUAUUGCUCGUCUGUGUUGCGAUUAUCGUCGUCCCGUUCGUUCAUCUGCUCUUAGUUAUUUACAACGAAGUGUUCUAUUACCUGAACUACAUAUAUUAUCUGCACAGGAAUGGGAGAGUGUAUUUAAUAAAGUUUUAUUUCCACUUUUAUUAAAACUGUUAGAGCCAAUCAAUAUCAAUGAUUCAUUUGGCGUAGAAGAGACUCGAGUUCGAGUAUCUCAAUUAUUGUGUCGAAUAUUUUUACAGCAUUUAAAUCCACUGUUAACACUACCAACGUUCACUGCUCUAUGGUUAACAAUACUCGAUUUUAUGGACAAAUAUAUGAAAUCAGAUCAAACAGAUAUGCUUCGUGAGUCAGUUCGUGAAUCAUUGAAAAACAUGCUGCUAGUUAUGGAUACAACGGCCCUAUUUGAUUCAGGACAACUAACAGUAAUAUCAAAAGAUCGAAUUCAUAGUUUUCUUCCAGGACUAUGGGAUGAAGUAUUCAAGAUGUCUCCACCACUAUCUGUAGCAAAAACUCCUCAACAAUCGACAUCUCAAAUGGAUAAUAUCGCAGAAGGAAUAAUGACAACGACAGGUGAAUCGUCAGUUCCAAUUUUGAAUAAUGGAAUACCAUCGACGUCUGAGGAAGAAAAUACAGCUUCUCCUUCUAAUGUAACAGUCGAUAAUACAACGAAUAUUCCUUCUACUUCUCCAUCUCAACAACAGCAAAACGUCACCAAUAUGCGGACUCAGGCUGUACAAUCUCAAAUUCAAGAAUUAUGA